AUGCAGUUCAUCACCGUCGUCAUUGCUACUCUGGCCGCCGUUGCCUCUGCCUCUCCCUCCGCCCGGGCUGCUGAGAAGCGCUCCUGCGUCGCCAACUACGAAGUUGCCUGCACCUCUGGCGGCGACCCUUGCUGCGAUGGCUGGCAGUGCGUUGGUGCCACUGAGUGGAACGCCGGUGUCUGCAUCCCCAACUACUAAGGGUGCCAAAGAAGGAUUUGAUAUUUGUGCGGGCAUAAAUAGAAAUCCAUGAUAUUUCCUUCUGUCUCAUC